AUGGAGGCUGUGCUAGGGGAGCUGCUGCAGCUGCUGCGGCUGCUGUGGGCUUGGCUGCAGCAGCAGCAAAGCCGUCGGCACCAUUUGCUGCUGCUGCUGCUGCUGCUACUGGCAGCAGCAGCGUCACAGGGAGAUGCUCUCCGGGCCCCGAACAUUCACAGCGCAGCAGCAGCUGCAACAGCAGCAGCAGCAGCAACUGCUGUUGCUGCCACUACAGUGAAUGCAGCGGGAAUACCGGCCCCGUCCCCGGCCCCCACCCCCGUUGCUGCUGCACAACUCCCAGAAGCAACAGCAGCAGCAGCAGCAGCAGCAACCGCAGCUGUCUAUGACUCAGAAGGCGGGGAAAGCAGCUCUCAGGCAGAGUUGCAGUCACAAGAAAACAAUGCGGGCAGCAGCAGCGACAGCAGCAGCAGCGACAGCAGCAGCAGCAGCAGCAGCAGCGCUGCGGAUGCAUAUGAGGGCAAUGUCGUGUACGUGUCGCCUGUGCUGGAGCAGCAGCAGCAGGGACAGCAACAGCAAAAGGAGCAGCAGCAGCAGCAGCAACAGCAAAACGAGGAGCAGCAGCAACAGGAGCAUCAACAGGAUGAACAGAUGCAGCGACCGCAGCAGCAGGUAAGCGAGCUGCAGCAGCAACAACCAGUUGAGUUGGAGCAGCAGCAGGAGCUGCAGCAGCAGCAGGAUGAGCUGCACGAGCAGCAGCAGGGUCAGCAGCUGCAUCAGCAGGAAAGGCAGCAGCAGGUUCAACAGGAGCUGCAGCAGGAGGAUGAGCAGCAGCAGCAGCAGGUUCAACAGCAGCAGCGGCAGCAAGACGAGGAGCCGCAGCAACAACUGCAGCAAAAGCAGCAGCUGCUGCGAGAGAAGCAGCAGCAGCAAGAGGAGACCGGGCAACUGCAGCAGCAGCCACCGCAGAAAGCAGAACCGCAGCAGCAGCAAUUGCAGCAGCAGCAGCAGGCGGGACGAGCUGUGGGAGGAAGGCCCUGCCUUUCGGACAAUGACACAGAGUGCCAGCGAGCAGCAGCAGCAGCAGCAGCAGCAGCAGGAGCAGCAGCAGCAGCAGGGCCAACAGGGCCCCGCCUCCGGGCCCCCGCAGGGCAGUCUGCAUAUGGAGACGAAUUAAGAGACAGUCUUUUGCCCACAAACAACUUUUUAAAUGAGGGGGGCCCCCAGGAGGGGGGGCCCCCGCUUGAGGGGGCCCCCAGGGGGGCCCCCCGGGGGGACCCCCAGGGGGCCCCUCUUCCUGGGGGGCCCCUAGGGGGGGCCCCCCCCGUUGUUUUGCUGCAGGGGCCCCCCCCCCAGGGCCCGCCCCCAGAGCAGCAGCACGGGGACCCCGCAGCAGCAGAUCUGCCCUCGGGGGCCCCCGCAGCCUGGCCGCC